GUGACAAGAGAGAGAUAAUUUUGGUGACAGACUUAAACCACCUAAACAAACCAGAAACCAAACUAAUAUUUUAGUUUAGCUACGAGCAGCUAGGACAUAAACCUAUGAUUCCUUUUAAUAAUAGUACUUUACAAUAUUUUUAUUGUGUGAUAAACCAAAUGUAACUAAAUGUUGCAAAUAUAUUCUAGAAAAACGUUUCCAAACUCAUCUAGUAGGCACAAACAAUUUGCCUAGAGUUCUAUAUUGCAGUAUGAACAAUUUUAGAGAACAGGAUAUUUGCAUAAACUAUCCACAGAUUUGUCGAGCUUGCUUUGAAUCAAGAGAUCUUAUUUUAUUUGAGAAACAUCACUAUAUAUGGAGAUCUUUUGAAAACCUAACAAAUUUUCAGUUUUUACACAUAGAGAGUAAUCCUAGUUACAUAUGUCUGGGAUGCAUUCAAAAAUUAAAGGAUAUACAUGCUUAUAUUGAUUUAUGUAGAGCCAACGAGAUAGCACUAAAAGAAUAUAUUUUCAAAAAGUUACCAGUUAAAAUGUCACUAUCUCCCCAAAAUACACAAGAGGUCAAAUGCGAAGGAGGAAGUACAAAUGCAAAUCAACUUCAUGAACUGAUAUCACAGCAAAAAGAUCAGUCACCUAGUCAUUCCAACGUUGUCAAAAAUGAAUGUGUUACAGAAGAUUUAAAUUCAUACAUAGAUGAAGAAUCUAGUCCAGUUUCUGAUGAAAUAGGACAUCCAUUUUUGAGUAUGAAAAGUAAUGAAUGUUAUGAACCAGCUUGGAUGAGCGAAGCCCAAAAUCAUUCCUUUGAUGAAGAAGAACCACUGAUGGACCUAUUAAAAAUUGGGAAUAUGUCAUCAAAGGACAAAGAAGCAUCUAGACCUUGGCAUUGUGAGUUCUGUUCGAAGUCCUUUCACUUAAAACAUCACCUCAUUGGCCACUUAAAAACCCAUUCGGGAGAAAAGCCAUAUCAGUGCUUAGUAUGUUUAAGGCCUUUUGCAGACAGAAGUUCAAUGAAUAGGCACAUUAAAACACACACAGGGAUAAAACCGUUUUUGUGUAGGAUAUGUGGUCAUUCUUUUUCUGAAAAGUAUUAUUUAGUAAUUCAUAAUAGGAGUCACUCAGGGGAGAAACCAUAUAGUUGUGAGAUUUGUUCCAAAACUUUUACUAGGAAAGAUACAUUAAACAUGCAUUUAAAAACUCACACCAAGGAAAGGCCUUAUUCUUGCGACAUAUGUAAAAAAACUUAUUCCUUUAAACACCAUCUUGUUAUACAUCGUAGAAAUCACAGUGGAGAAAGACCUUUCCAAUGUGUGACUUGUACUAAAGCUUUUACUGAUAGAAGUUCUUUUAAUAGGCAUAUUAAACUAUAUUGCAGGGUGAAUAGUAAUGAUCUUAACUGUAAGUCAGAACAAUUAAAUGAACAAGGACUUGUAGACAAAAUUGAACCAACUGAUUAUGUCCAUGUAAACAUUGAAUCAUCUACAUCCUAAUUAAUUAGCUCUCUUCCAGAUACAGGCUUUACUUAACUCUACCUUUCAAUAUAUCAACACAUUAUUAUUUUUAGACUGCCAGCAGUUAUUUCUUAAUGUACUUCUUUUAUAAAAAAUGUUUGUUUAUUAUUUUUCGUGUUCAAGUAGUAAUUUCUGGAUUUACAUCUGAUUUUUUUCUUUUAUUUGGUGUUUAGGUAAAGUUACACAAGAAUUUUAUUUAGUUUUGGUCUCCUGGGAAAGUUCUCCCUUGAUUCUUACCCGUUAUAAUUUUUUCUACUUAUUAUGGAACUCUAGUCAGCUGGCACUUAAUUCUUUAUAAAUUAGAUUUGCACUUGUGUGUUUCUUGUUUAUAAAAAUAUUUUCACUUUUUUAUAAGCUUUAAUUUUAUUAAUAUUUAUUUUAGUCCUAUUGUAUUCUUAGUUAGUCACUAUUGUAAAGAAAUAAUAUUGAGAAGUGAUCAAAUAUAAUUUUUU